AGAGCUUCGUCGCGCACCACCCUAGCGUCAUGCUUCAACGGAGUGAGCGCGCGCCGCGCAUACCUACACUCGCGGCUAUACUUUUGUUCUCAGCUGUUCUGUUUUCAAAACCAAAUCCUGUUCUUUCGCAUAUCAUUAACCGAUUUGUAGUUUGCAAGCAACCGCAUUCAUUAGUAUGUUUAGCGAAGCCUGUAACUUUAGAAAAUCCAAAUGUGACCGGAGAAUUGUAUGAAACUGACGGUAGGAAAUGUGGCAUAAGCGACUUACGACGUGUACGUCCAUACAGAAAUGUCAUUACGGUGAGAUGGUUUAAUGAUACGACAACGACAAAAGUAUUUUGUAAAAUAACAAAAUUAAAGGGUUUUGCUUCAUUUGUAUUAAAUAUUAAAAGAAUACGAAGGCAAACUGGAUAUCAUCCUCGCGGCCGAUACAGAGGUCAAACUCAAUCACAAUACCUCUCUAUUGAUAGAGGUAAUAGCAAAGAUGAAGGCAAAGCAGAAGCACAUUCCGCCGCCGAUUCUUCUAGAGCCAUUGUCAGUGGCAACAGUGGUAUGGGCCAAGCUCAGAGUCAAACAAUUUAUGAUCCAAGCUGUGAAGAUUGUCUGGAUCGUUCUAAUACAGACGCUGCAAAUUUGGCCUAUAAACCCGAUCAGAAAUUAUCUUCAGGUGCUAAUAGCCAUACACCGGGAAGGUCAAAUGUGCCAGGUCAAUCUACAGGAAGCUCAUAUGGGCCAGGUCAAUCUACAGGAAGUUCAUAUGGACCAGGACAAUCUACAGGAAGUACAUAUGUGCCAGGUCAAUCUAUAGGAAGUUCAUAUGGACCAGGUCAAACUACAGGAAAUUCAUAUGGGCCAGGUCAAUAUGCUAGUGGUUCUUACGUACCUGAUCAAUCGUCUGGAAGUUCAUUUGGCCCAGGGUCAACUUCUUUAAAACCAGGGCAAACAACGGGAACUUCAUAUGCUCCAGGGAAAAUUCCUACCAAUUCUUUUGUGCCAGAGCAAUCCUCUGGAAAUUCAUUUACACCCAGCCAACCUGAUGGUUCUUUUAGACCAAGUCAAUCCCCCGGAGAUGCAAAUGGGCCAGAUCUACAUACCGGAGGUUAUGGAAAAGGUACAGGAAAUAUAUAUAGUCCGGGUCAGUCCCCAGGAAAUGCAUAUAGUCCGGGUCAGUCUCAUGUAAAUAUACAUGGUCCAGGUCAACAACCAGGUGGAUCAUACGGACAAGGGCAGGUACGGGAAGGACCAUAUAUUCCGGAGCAAUCAUCAGGGGAGGCUCACCGACCUGGUCAAUUACACGGAGGCAUGUAUAUACCAGGACAUCUACCUGUAGGUUCAUUUAAACCAGGUCAAACGGUAGAAGGUUCAUACAUUCCAACACAAGUACCACCCGGCGGGACAAAUGGAUCAGGGCAAUUUCCAAAUGGUUCUAACAUUCCAGGUCAACAUAUAGGGGGACCACUUGAUCAAGGCCAGUCCCCUUUAACAUCAGGUCCAUCAAGCACACAAGGUCGGUUACCCGGAGGAUCAUAUGCUCAAGGGACAUUACCAGGAGGAACGAACGGUUUAGAUCAGAGAUUAUAUUCACCAGGGCAAAUAUCUAGACUACCAUCUACAUCAGGACAAUUCCCAGGAGGUUAUUACACAACAAGUCAGAUACCGGGGAGUCAAUCUACGGGCGGUUCAUACGGACCAGUGCAGCCGUCCGAAGUACCAUACGGACAAAGAUCAUACACGCCAGGUCAACUCACUGGAGGGCAAUCACCAGGAGAGUUUCUUCCACAGCAAGGCGUUACUAGCAUAAAUCAACCGAACACCGGCGAUUUUAUUAACCAACCAAGACAAAAUACGGGUUUAAGCCCUGGAUCUGCAAAUUGGCCAUUACUAUCAAAUUUAUUGUCUGGGGUAGGCCCAGGGUCUACUUAUUUUUGUUGUGUUGUAAAUCCAGGAAGUAAUGCACAAAAUAGACUAGGUCAAAGUAAUACAUAUUUUGGUAUUCCAAGUUCCAAUGGGCAGAAUCAAUUUCCAAAUCCUAAUAAUAAUUUUGGAUUAAAUCCAUAUAAUUCAGAAACAAAUAACAGCCCAAAUUUACAGUCUCCAAACUCUAUAGGGACAUCGCAACCAGGAAGCCAAGCUAAUUUUCCAAAUUCAGGUGGUCCAAUCGAUCUGUCUAGAAAUGGAAUACCGAACAAUCUGCAGUCAACAAACCUUCCAUACGGAACUGGAAAUAUAGGACAAAAUGUCCCAUAUGGAUCAGGUUCACAUCCAAAUAAUAUGAAGUCUAACAUACCUUUUAACACUGGUACUUCAGGCCAGAAUGUGCCAAAUAUUGGCCAAAACGGAAUAUCUUCUCCAGAAACGUACGGAUCUAUAGAUGUGGGACAAAAGCCAAUGGGUCAAACAAAUAUGCCAUACCCUAAUAUACCGUACAUAACUACUGGCACAGGGCAAAACGUACCAAGUCAUGACAGAUCGUAUAUGCCGGGAGGUACAGGACAAACAUUACCCUAUGAAACAGGAAAUGUUGGGCAAAAUUCAAUACCACCAAGUGGUCCACAUAAUACAGGUCAGAAUUCCUUAUACAGACCAGGAGGACAUGGACAAAACACAUUGAGUUACCCGAACGGGCCAUAUGGAACAGGUCAAAAUACUUUACAAAUAUCUGACGCAAUGGGAAAUGGAGUGCAAAAUUCAGGUGUUUCAGGACCUGGAGGCCAUAAUUUAAGGCCAAAUAACCAACAAGCUUCAGUUAAUGCGUACGGACCAGGAUAUAAUGGACCAAACUUAAAUGGUCAACCACCUACUAAUGGGCAACAACAUAUAAAUGGGCAGCAACCUAUAAUUGGCCAUCAAUCGACAGAUGGGCAGCAACCUACAAUUGGGCAGCAAUUUACAAAUGGACAGCAACCUAUAAUUGGACAACAACCCACAAAUGGGCAACAACCUAUAAAUAGUUACCAACCUACAAAUGGUUACCAACCUACAAAUGGUCAACAACCUACAAAUGGUCAACAACCUACAAAUGGUCAACAACCUACAAAUAGUCAGUAUGUUCCUGGGGCUUCAGGACAAAUACCUUUACCAAUUCCAAAAGUUGGGCAAAAUUUCGGACAAUUUCCGAAUGUUCAAAAUUAUGGACAGUUUCCGAAUGGGCAAUAUGGACCGGGCCAGAAUAACUUAAUGUAUCCAAAUAAUUAUGGUACCACACCAAACACUUAUCAGCCUGGACCGAGUAACCAACAAGUUGAAAGUAAUGGUGGCUUAUAUGGGAACAAUCAACAGAAUACUGAUCUAAUGAAUGGAAGCGGCGGUAUGCCACAAAAUGUUCUUAACCCGACUUCAAUGACAAGUUCAUUUGAUGAUUACGAUUCUGAAGCUCAAGCUACUGUUGAUCAAUCUAUAAACGGAACCACUGCCCUGGCUGCUUCAAAGGGUGGCAACAAAAAGGGUCGCGCCCAAACUCAGGUAGAAGGAACCUAUACAGGUACCGGAUCUUUUUCGGCUAAUGCUGAAAUAAGUGACGAUAGCAAAGCAGCACAAAGUCACGUGUCUGGUAGCAAAAAAGGGGCAAGUAGUAAUGCUGAAGGAAGAGGGCGUAAAAACAAAUCUCAAGCUUCUGUUCAACUUGGUUCCGAAACAGGUUCUAUCUUAACCGAUUCACAAAGCAGCGGGGAUAUGCAUUCUUCUAAUUCUCAAGUUCAAGGCAGUGUCAAAGGUGGAAUGGCUGACGCUCAAGCUAAAGGACCUGGAAGUACAUCUUCUCAAGCUCAAAUAGGAUUUACUCCCUAUAAAGAGGAAGACAAAGAAGCACAUGACAAACAGAAAACACCAUUCGAAGGAGGAGGUUCUGCUUCCGCUCAAACUAGUGGACGAAUGGGUACUUCACAAUCACAACUUCGGGGGUCAUUUAAAUAUGGCAUCACUUAUAAUGGCGCAGCUCAAGCGGGAUCUAGUCUUGAUAAAGAUGCAGUGUUUCCUAACUUAGUUCCUUUCGAGAAAAUUGAUGUUUAUGAUAAAAACAAUACAAAUAUAAAUAUCGACUCUACCACAACAGAACCAUUAAACGAAAUAACAGAGGCUUGGACAGAAAAACACGAAGAAAGAAUUACAACAACUGAAAAUGACAUUCACGAAGACUUAGAUAUGUCUGAUCAUAGUCAUUCAGAACAUCACAAAAUUUCAGAGCAACAAAAUUCUACAACUCGACCACCACCAGAAGGAAAUCGAAGAUCAUUUACACCUAAUUACAGCAUUAACGGACAAGAUUACGAGUACUCAACUGAUAAAGAUGAUACCCAACAAGAAGACUACGACAUAGAUGAUGGAUUCGGAGGAGAUGCUGCCGAACCAGGUCCAGAUCAAAAUGAAUAUGCAAAUUAUGACGAAUUGAACAGAGAUACAGAAAAUACACAUCAAUCCUUACAAAGUACAAAUAAAAGAGGACUAGAGGUAAAACAAACGGCAGGCGGUAACACCCAACAUAUAAUUCUAGGUUCUUUAAAUAACCACGAUGCUAGAGUAACUCAGAAGAAUACUGAACAUCCUGAUGAGAGAAAGACCUACCAGCCAGGAGAAAAAGUACCGGGCAUGGGCGGAUACACUAUACCAGUCGGUUUUACGGGUAGUGUAAAAUCGGUGGCCUCUAAAGAAAAGACAUACGUCGUCGGUUCAAAGUAUUCGCCUUCACAAGCUCAGACAGUAACUCUCACACCUGGUAAUGGCAAAGUUAAAUACGUAUAUCCAAACAAUUAUGGACAGAGCAUAAACCGCAAAGACUUAAGAUCGUUAUACAAUUCGAAAGCCGAUGAUAACCGCUAUGUUUCUGUGUCAAAGUCAGUCACGCGAGACUUGGACAAUGACAAUAAUAUCAGAAGACAAUAUUCUCACACAUAUUACACCAAGUCCUCAUCAUGUGGAUACUUUACUUUUACAUGCACAAUGGUCAGUAGUGCUGAAGGCAAAAAGAAGGUGUGCAAGCCGAAAAUCCCGAGAAAUCCUGACGGUAGCCCUAUGAACUGUUAA